AAAAUCAAAUGAUACGUAUAAAAUCCAGUACAUGCUCGUGCCAGCGUCAGUUUGAAUGUGACUUUAAUUUCGUAAACACAUUGAAUUAUUACGAAAAUGGGUGACAAGCUGAUUUUGUACUACAAAGACAUGAGUCCACCAGUGCGUGCGGUUAAAUUGCUAGCAAGAUUUCUGGGACUUGAUUUUGAGCUUCGUGAGGUUAAUCUCUCCAAAGGUGAACAUUUGAAAGAAUCUUUUCUUAAGCUCAAUCCACAGCAUACCAUUCCAACAUUGCUCGAUGGGGAUUUUUCCAUUUGGGACAGUCACGCCAUUUGCAUGUACCUAGUUGAUAAAUAUGCAAAAGACGAUGCAUUGUAUCCAAAAGAUUUAAAAUUGAGAGCCAAAUGCAAUCAACGUCUGUUUUUCGAUGAUGACAGCUUGUAUACGCGAUUGCGGGAUUGUUCUUACACUAUUUACCGAGGUGGCAAAGAAAUUUCACAGGAAAAAAUCGACCGAAUUAAUUCAUCAUAUGAGAUUUUGGAAGCAUUUUUAGCAUCGGAUCCAUUUUUGGUUGGUAAUACGCUAACGAUCGCUGAUAUUUGUGCUGCAAGCAAUGUUCUUCCGCUUCAAAUCUUCGCACCGCUUGAAACCGAAAAGCAUAGAAAUAUUUUAGCUUGGCUGAGUCGCGUCAGCAAAACCAUACCAUUUUUCGAUGAAAUGAACGUUAAGAUUGUGAAAGAAUAUCGUGAAAUGUUAAUGGGUCUACUGGAGAAGAACAAACAAAAUGCGCACUAGUUUUUAUUACUUCAAAUUAUACAUAUGUACAGAAUACUUUGUGAAUAAAAGAAUAAGAGUUUGAUUCGCCGAAUGCAAAAUUUU